AUGCCUGACCUAGAGGAACGUAUGGAGGAGAUGCCAGAGGAUCUUUAUAAGGAGAUUGCCCAUGAGGUCGAUCGGAUGAUCGGCACUUAUUUGACUCUGUCAGAGAGUGAAACUACUUUUAGAAUGGCCAAGCGCAAGCUUUUGGAUGAUUACGAAGCAUUUGAGAGAGAAAGAGAGGCUGAAAGGAGAGUAAGAAGGAGGGUAGACGAUGCGGCGGCAGGAGACGUGCCUGAGAUCACAGUUCAGUCUCCAUCUUCCACAGGUCAACCGGAGGGAAGUCUGGUUCAUGAGGAAGAAACACAACAAGAUGACGAGCUAGAAAUGUAUAUGCUAGGCUACAAUCCGACAGCACCACACUUAAGCCCAGUACGAGAGCGUCCCUCGCCCACUUCUCCCGAUAUCGAUCUCAACUUCUCGGACUUCAGGAUACCGUCAUCGGAACAGAGUAGAGGGAGUCGCGGAAGUCCAUCCAGUCUAGGCUUUUUGAACAAUUACUCCUCUUCACCGCUGGCGCGGCCGUCGAAUCCGACGCCUCGUCGUGGUCGAGGCGGUCCUUACAGCAGCGACGAUACGCCUUCGCCACAACGCUUGGGCCCCAUAGACCUUUCUAGUGAAGAUGUUCCUUCUGGUGAGGACGAACAGCCAAUGGAACGUCCAUCGAAUCCCACACCGCGCCGUGCCCAAGGCUCUAUAGAUGUACAAGUCGACACGCCACGACCGAAGACCGCGCGUGGGACUAGACCUGACCUGGAUCAGGAGAGUCAUGACCUUUACACUUCUCCUGCCUCUAGAGACGACACCUCACCAGUGCAAGAAUCACCUCGACCGCGCAUCACCAGCAACGACAUUCGUGAGCGUCGCGAGAGGGCGCGCGCUUCAGAUGUCCAGAAGACCGCCGUAAAGCCGCGCAGUACCGUUGCGUUACGCCAGCCGCCCAGUGCGUUGGCCGCGAAGACCCAAGGCGAAGUUCCAGGGCGAUAUCUUUCCCCCAUACGAGAGGGCAUAUCUCCACAUGUGAGCCCUGCGGAAGGCACCAAACAGUAUCGCGUUGCGGAGACACGCAAGCUUAACAAACAGUUUGAGGGUGAGAGGGACGAGCGUCGAAAUUUUCGGAAGCACAUACCGCCGAUUGGCGAUCAACCGCUUGAGGAUGAAGAAGGGCAACUGGCCGAAGGAGCGGAUGCGGAAGGACAAGAAGCACCUCCUGAGUCCAGUGGAAGUGAGAUACCAUCCAGAUUCGCAUCGAUCGAUCCAAGAGGUGAAGAAGAUGAUGAUAGAGUGCACUUCGAAGACGCAACCCAAUAUCCCUCAUCAACAGGAGCUAUCAUGACGGCAUCGCCAGCAGUCCGCCACGACAACCCAUUACCUGCUACUGCGACUCAAAUUUCUUCGCCGAGAUCAAGGCCAUCACCUCAGGCAGCGACUAAAGGCCAAUCGCGAAGGUCGGCGGCUCCAAGCCCACCCGAAAGGACUACGGAGAAGGCGACGAAGGCACCUGCAAAGACGCCUGCGAAGACACCUGUGAAGACACCUGCGAAGACACCUGUGAAGACACCUGCGAAGACACCUGCGAAGCAAAAGGCUCCACCGACAAUCGGGACGCGGAAGAGCGGAAGAAUUGCAAAGUUGAAGGGUGAGAAGAAGUGA